AUGCGGUGGACCAAGGGUCGCCAGGUGCGUGAAGCCACCGGGCAGGAGAUAAAGCGGAGUUACCGUUGGACUCAGUGGCCUGUUCUGUACACCAUGGGAAACAAAUGUCUGUCCCAGGCGAAGGAGCCCAAGGGCGAGUUGAAAAUCGCCGAGAUCAAUGCAACGUUCCAGCCGGACAAGAUCGGCAACCCCAACGGCCUGCAGGUCACCUACCUGAAGGAUGGCAGCACCCGCAGCCUCUUCGUCUACCACGAGGAGGGCAAGGUGAUCGUGGACUGGUUCAAUGCGAUCCGCGCCGUACGGUACCACUACCUGAAGGUGGCCUACCCAGGCACGGUCGACAAGGAGAUAACGCCACGGCUCACCAGGAACUACGUGAAGGAGGGAUACAUGGAGAAGACGGGGCCCAAGCAAAAGGAGAGUUUCCGGCGACGCUGGUUUACGCUGGAUGCCGCCGACCGGCGCCUCAUGUAUUUCAAGGAUCCCCUGGACGCGUUUGCCAAGGGCGAGGUGUUCCUGGGCAAUGGCGACCACGGCUACGCGGUGCUGGAGGGCUUCCCGCCGGGCCUCCAGGGCCAUCACUGGGCGUACGGCAUCACCAUCGUCACGCCCGAGCGCAAGUACGUGCUGGGCUGCCGCACCGAGGAUGAGCAGGCACAGUGGAUCACGCACUUCCACCGCGUCAUCAUGCGCCCCAUGUCGCCACAGGAGUACUCGG